AUUUUAAACUUUAGAAUUUACAGCAUUAGGAUCUGUAGGAAAUAAAAAUCAAAAGUAACAACAACUGAAUUAGAGGUGCAUGACUAACUCGUGCAGUUUUGCUUUCUUUGUUUCUGGCUUCAAUCGCACUCUCAGACAAAGAACCCAUUGGAUGAUACUUAAAAUACAGAUUGUACAGAUUGUGACAGGAUGUUCAAAUUGUUAUGUUUGAUUCCACUGUUCAUGUUGGCUGUAGAAUCUCAAGAGAUUGCUAGUUUUCGUAUUGUUUCGCCAAUAUAUAAAACAAGAGUGGAUGUUGCAUGGGAUGCUGUUCCGAAUGCCACAAGUUACAAAGUAACAGGCUUAUCAAAAACUGGUCCUUUUCAACUUUACAUAUCAAAAAACAAAACAACUAUUUCUCUUUCUCCUGGAGUCAGUUACAUACUAACUUGUAUGGUUUAUCAGUUCAAUAACAUGAAUACGACUUUAACAGUAAAAACAAAAAACUUGAUAAGUGUCACAGCAAAUUCAAAUAACUUUACUGAUAUCAAAAUUCUCACUUCGGUAGCUACAAGCAAAAGCCUCAGAAUCUUUUGGGAUAAAUUUUCAAAUGCUACUUUGUAUACAGUUAUUUACACUGGGGGUAAUAAUUCUAAUGAAAAGACGUUACAAACGAGUCGUACGUUUGCAAAUAUAAUUGGUUUAAAGAGUAUGACCAGUUACUCUGUCAUGGUUUUAGUCUCUUCGAUAAAUAAUGUACAACCAAAAUAUGCUGCGCAAAGCACUUGGUAUAGUUUUAAUACAACUAGUGAUACGUUGAUAUCCAUUUUACACAUAUAAAUGCGUAUAUCAAUUUAGUCGAUAUCCCUUUUUAUAUGCACAUAUUUAUUUACGGGUGAAGUGAAAAUAUAAAUCAAGCUUGGAUGUUAUUUUAAUAAAUUGCACUUAAUUGUUUAA